AUGGAAAAAACUAAACGAGAUACUGCCAUGCAAUCUGUAGAAAGUAAUACGUUACUAGUUAAAAAUAAUGCAAGUACGUCUAGCGAACACUCCAACACUGUUGAAUGCACGUCGGAAAGUACAAAAGGUACACAUCUGUGGAAUAAAUCAGAAACUACAUUAUUAUUGCAAACAUAUAAUGAAUACAAAGAUCAAUUUCGUAAUGGUAAAGGUACUGUAAAGCAAUAUUGGGAGAAAAUUGCCAAAAUUAUGCAAGAGAAAGGAUAUGAAGUAACAGGAGUCAAAUGUUCAACAAAAUUUCAAUCAAUGAAAAGAAUGUAUAAAGUUAUUUCGGACCAUAACAAAAAGAGCGGGAAUAAUCACAAGGAAUGGGAGUAUUUACAGAUAAUGCAAGAACUGUUUGCUGAUAAACCAUGGAUACAACCCUUAUCAGUGGCAGGGUCACAUGUAAAUGAGACAGAGGAAAAGGAGAAUAUAUUAAAAGAAAGAGGAAUUAAAAGAAAAAAGAAGUUAAAUGCAUUUAUAGAAGAAUAUAUAUUAAAUAAUGAGGAAGAACGAAAAAGAAGAAGAGAAAGUCGAGAAAAAGAGCACAAAGAAAAAAUGCUUUGCUUCAAAGGAAUACAAGAUGUAUUGCAACGAUUACUAGAAAAAGAAGAUAAAAGCACUUAA